AUAUGUGGCAUCAAAUUAUUUUCUCUUCCUUUUCCUUUUCCGUUCCAUUUUCCUCUCCUCUGUUUCAUCAAGAUUCCAUUCUUUCUCAGAUUCUUCUCUUUCCAUAACCAUGCCUGAAGCAUCUGCCUUAUGUUUUUCCACCUUCUCCUCAAUUCCCCUCCCCAAGGAACCCAUUUCCUGUCCCUCCACUUCUUUCCCUCACCGUAAAUUUCCUGCCCAUCGCCCUCAAUACCGUUCCCUCCGGCUUAUUGCCAACGCCUCCGGUUCGGAUCAUUUUCUUGGUGAUGGAGAUUUUUUCGGGUUCUAUCCCUGGGAGUCUUCCGAUGCUGGAGACUCUUCUAUACACUGGGUCCCAGAGGAGAGGGUCACAUUGUUUACUGCUGAUGGUUUGAUUCAAAUUGGAGGGAACCUUGUCCCACGUCGAAUUUCUUCUUCUGAUAAAAAGCAAGGGAAGGUUAAAAUGUCACAAAGAUUUCAACGGUUUCAGGAAAGUAAUUACAUGGAUCCAAGACAAGGUCUAUGUUUGGGUGCACUCUUUGACAUCGCAGCAACAAACGGACUUGAUAUGGGCAGAAGACUUUGUAUCUUCGGGUUUUGUCGCUCUGUUGAGAUGCUCAGUGAUGUUGUGGAAGAUACUGUUUUGGAGCAUGGUGGGGAGGUUGUGGCUGCAGAGAAAGCAACUAAGGGUGGGUUGCACGAAAAACUAACCAUGACAGUUGCAGUGCCAUUGCUAUGGGGAGUUCCUCCAGCUUCUGAGACUCUUCACCUUGCUGUUCGGAGUGGUGGAGGGAUAGUAGACAAGGUCUAUUGGCAAUGGGACUUCCUGUAAAUAAAUGACUAAGCUUUUCUAACCAUUUGUUUGUGCAUUUGUAAAUAAAUAUCUGUCAGCUACUUUGUACAAAUUCUGGGAAAGUAUAUAACUGUGACACUUGAUGUUAAUAUCCUUCCGUGUAUCAUUUUAUUU